AGGCGACUUUGCUGACGAACACUUCCGCUGUAAUAUACCGAAAAUGAACACAUUUCUAUCCAGAUUGAAUACAAUAUUUGCCUUCACGCUUAGCGUGAUGGCAGCUUUAACCUUUUGCUGUUUUCUGACAACAGCUUUUAAUUCACACAAAACCUCUGUCUACCUUGGUACAGGAAAGGCAAUUGUGAAAAAUGUUCCAGACUACAGUGCAAAUAGAGAAAAGAGUGACCUAGGCUUUAUUGUGUUUGACAUGACGACUGAUUUAACAAAAAUUUUCAACUGGAAUGUUAAACAGUUAUUUUUAUACCUUACUGCAGAAUAUGAAACAAAGGAUCAUAAAUUGAACCAAGUUGUUAUCUGGGACAAAAUUAUAAGACGAGGAGAGAACUCCAUGCUGGACUAUAGAAGUAUCAAUACAAAAUACUAUUUCUGGGACUACGGAAAUGGAUUGAAGGGAAAUAAAAAUGUAACAUUGACACUGUCCUGGAAUGUCAUUCCUAAUGCUGGUACACUACCCAAAGUGAUGGGAGAGGGUUCACACAAGUUCAAGUUCCCAGAGGAAUACAGUCCUAAUCGAUUCUAGUCAAAAACAGGGGGAAAAGGGGAGAUCAGAAGGCAGCACCAAACAGAUCUGUGUGGGAGGCUUGUCUGUUUCCAUAGUAAUCACAUUAAAGUGCUACAGAGAUGCCAAACAUGUUUGGUCAUUGAGGAAAAUAGUAAAGUAAAAGGAUAUUAAUUUUGAAUGUAAAGAAAUUUUUUUUUAGUAAUAUUUGGCAAUUGUUUUGAUAUUCUUAAAGCAAGAGUUGUUGUCGGUGCUUUCAGUUUUUAAAACUGUAUGUUAGGUGAUGGUAUUGUGAAGUGUACUAUUGUGAAUAAGUAUGAGUAAUUCUAAAUUUGGUGAGAAUGUGUUUGUGGAGGUGAUACAGAGUCAUUGUCAUUUCUUGUGAUUGUCUUUAGCAUGUUGUGUGCAUUAUUGGUUUGAUAUUGAAUAUGAAUUUUAAAGUUGUAUGUGUAUAUAUGAGUAAAAAUAUUUGUGAAGGUUUUUCUUGGGAGAGAGAAAUUCUUUUUUUUUUUUUUUUUAUCAUGACAGAUGAUAUGUUGCUGGUUAUGGAAUAUGUACAAGUAACUGCCCAAAAAGUAGAUAUUAUAUUGGAUUAAUUGAUUGAAAAUGUGAGCAAGAUAUGUAAAAGCCUGUAUUCACUACUAAAUGAUAAUGUCAGUGUGUUUUAUAUACUAGUAAUGUGAGCAAGACAAAGACAUUGUAUCUCUUUUUUGUACCAAAGUAGUAUUUGUGUGACAGUCUCAAUAAAAAAUAUUCUGCCAAUUGAGUAUUAGAAAAUCAAAAUUGUUUUAUUGAAACUUACAAGUUCAGCUAUGUGUUUCACAGGCAUAACUGUAGAUUUUAGGGUACAUCUGGAUGAUGCAUGCAUUGGAGCAAAUGAUAAUUCUUGCCAAAGAAACGGCUUUGAUGUACGUACAAGAAUAUCGCAUGUUCCAAUUUUCUGCUCUUGUUUAUCGCAUAACUAGACGGUUUCAUCUACUGAUUUCCACCCUGUCCAUGCAAAGAAUUGACCUAGUUAUAGUUUGUUCACUGUUUUGUUGACCUAAAACCAUGUGGUUCAUCAUUUUCAAUUUUCAGAAAUGUCGCUGUUAAACAUUCUUAAUUGACACCACAUUGAUCAUAUUGUGUUUUUGAGAGUAUACAAACACAUUGUAUAUAUAAACAUUGUUAAAUAAAGGUUUUAUGGUACACUUGACGAAUGCUAUGACAUAGUGUUGCUCAAUUUAGCAAUACAGUAUUGUAUGAAGGAUGUCAUGAUAUGUGAAAAUGAUUUUAUUAUUUUUGAGUCAAUGAAUGACUGCAUAUAAUUCGAAUGAGAAUAAAAUAUGCGUUUAUCCUUCCAA